AUGACGAAGAACAACUUGGCCAAGCAUCUUAAAUGGCUGCUGAAGCAAGGCCCGUCACUCUACCCUUCACUGAUCUCCGAGACCCCUGUUGAACAAUCGACUCGUGUACCUCAACAGCCCACACCACCCGACGAAACUCCCGAGAUACCGGACGAGAUUCUGGAGGACGUUGAUGAUGCUACAGACAAGACUAUGGCGCGCUUGAUGCUCUGCCCCUCUUCGGAGAGUAAGCCGCGAAUGCUCAGCCAGUCUAGCAGAGACCCCAAACUUGAUACUACGCCCUCGGCCUCGAAAAAGACGUCUUCCUCGAGGGACAUAGCUUCAGGGUCAAACCUGGAGCCACCGCUAGCGUCGACUCUUAGGAGUACUCGGCCAAAGUCUACCCCCCUCAAGCCAGAAUGCAAGCCAAAUACGUCGCCAUUCGAUGCUAUCGAGUCUAUCGAUCUGACCGGCGAAACCAAUCGCUUUCUACCGUCCUCUUCGACAACAGACAUUGGAGAACCGCGUCGACUAUGGAACGAGGGGACUGCGUCGCGCGAACGCUCCCAGGAGAAGCGAGGGAAGAAACGAAAGAGCGAAGAAUAUACCUCCGACCUCCUUUCGCCAUCCAAGCACUCGACAAAGAUCCGAACUCUGUCCAAGGCCAACAGACCACCAAUUUCAGGCAAUACAGUUGCAGAACUGUCUGCGGCCUCGAAUUGUGUUGCACAGUCCCAGCGAGUCAUCGCAGACUCCGAUGAAGAUGACGACGAUCCUUUCGAUAGUUGGAUCGGAGUCGAGGACGUUGAAAAUAUGAUUCUGGAUACUGGCCCGGGGUUGUAUCCAAAGCUUCCUCAAAUAAGCCCCAAGGAGAACGAGAGAGAGGAGCUCCCAGCGACAAUGAGCUCAAUUUCACUGCCACUCUCGAAAACCGCCGCGCCGUCACUCACUCGAGUCGAAAGGAAGAGCAAUAUUGCAGAGUCGCAGAACCCUGAACCGUCACCUACACCGAGCAUGUCCAGUUCUCAACCAAAGGAUCAAAAUGUCUUGAAGUUCCUGGCCCUUCCCUGGGAGUCCAUAGCGAAAUCAAUAUCCACUCUGAAAGAAAAACUUCAACGGAAUGCAGAAAUUGUCUAUGAGCAAGCGAUGGAGGGCCGACCAGCGCCAGAUCUCAUUGCCGCGAACAAGGAUCUAGUCUGUCAAAUACAGGCCAUUGAAACCUUGCAAACAAGCCAAAAGUCCCACGCAGAUUGUGUUACCCGGAAGGAAGACCUGAAGAAAAGCCUCCUGCGCGUUAUUUCCCAAGGCCUCGAUCCGACCACAUUGCCGGAAUUGGCUCGAAGCCGGGCUGUUGAAGCUGAGCUGGAGAAAAUCGAGAGCAAGAUUAGCGAACUUCUGCCUCAAUCCAAUAUCCUGAAUAUGACCGACUCGUACAUCCCCCGGGAAGAAUUCGAUGAUACCGUUUUCAACGCGGAUUCUCCGCUUGCUUCUCCCCAACAGACACACCGAAGGGAGACAACGCACAUGGACCGGUCCUCCUUCACAAACAGCCGAGAGCCGCAAGAGCAUUCUGCUUCGCGAUCAACCGAUCAAUAUCGUUACAAGGAAGACAUUUUUGUGUCUCGAAACAUGGGCUCCCCGUCGCUUGCACCAGAUAUGGAAUUUGACGAAUUCGACUGGAACGCUAGCGAUGAUGAGAUGCUAGAAGUAGCCGGGAGUUUUGACCAAGGGCGAGUUCCCGACAAAGAACAACCGCCCCAGAGCCGCAAGGUGUUUGCAGAAACAUCGGGCAACACAUAUCGCAUGCCUGCACUCCCAUCCAAGAAGUCUCCUGAACGCACUAACUUCUGGUCCAACCACCCAUGGUCUCAAGAAGUCAAGACUAUUCUGAAGGAUCGUUUCCAACUUCGCGGAUUCCGCCCAAACCAGCUCGAAGCCAUUGAUGCAACUCUUGGCGGUAAAGAUACUUUUAUUCUAAUGCCCACGGGAGGAGGGAAGUCAUUGUGUUAUCAGCUGCCGUCUGUUGUUAUGGGCGGAAAGACUCACGGGGUGACCAUCGUGGUGUCGCCAUUACUAAGUUUGAUGCAGGAUCAAGUGGAACACUUGCGGAAACUCAAUAUAAAUGCAUUUCUGAUGAAUGGCGAGUCUGACAAGUCAGAGAGAUCAUGGAUCCUUGACCAGUUGUCAAAUGCCGGCGGUGAAGACUUGGAACUACUGUAUAUCACCCCUGAAAUGAUCAACAAGAACCAGACUUUGGUCCGAGCUCUCGAGAAACUUCAUCGCCGAAACAAGCUCGCACGCCUGGUAAUCGACGAGGCGCACUGUGUUAGUCAGUGGGGACAUGAUUUCCGACCAGACUAUAAGGAGCUCGGCGAAGUUCGCAGUAGGCUCCCUGGCGUCCCGGUCAUGGCCUUGACUGCCACUGCCACAGAAAAUGUCAAAGUGGAUGUCAUCCACAAUCUCAAGAUGAACGGAUGUGAGACGUUCCUGCAGAGCUUCAACCGCCCAAACUUGACUUAUGAGGUUCGUCCCAAAGGCAAGAACGACGAAGUCUUGGCUGGCAUCGCGGAGACAAUUACCGGCUCCUACCGCAACCAAUGUGGAAUUGUCUAUUGCCUGUCGCGCAUUACUUGUCAGAAGGUUGCUGAGAACCUCCGGAAGAAGUACCGGAUUAAGGCUGAGUAUUAUCAUGCAGGCAUGGACUCGGCCAGCAAGGCCAAGGUGCAGGGUCUGUGGCAAAUGGGAAGAUGCCAUGUGAUUGUCGCCACAAUUGCUUUUGGCAUGGGCAUUGACAAGCCUGAUGUACGCUUUGUUAUUCAUCACAGCAUCCCAAAGAGUCUUGAAGGAUACUAUCAAGAAACUGGCCGUGCAGGUAGAGACGGCAAGCGCUCCGGCUGCUAUCUCUACUAUGGAUACAAGGAUGCCGCGACAUUAAGACGAAUGAUUGACGCCGGCGAGGGCAGUUUGGAGCAAAAGGCUCGGCAGAAGCACAUGGUUCGGAAUGUGGUUCAAUUUUGUGAGAAUCGCAGUGAUUGUCGACGAGUACAAGUCCUCGCCUACUUCAAUGAGCACUUCCGCCGCGAGGAUUGCGGUAGUUCUUGCGAUAAUUGCAAAUCGGAUUUGGUGUUUGAGUCGCACGACUUCUCUCAGCACGCGUCUUGGGCUAUCCAGAUUGUCCGUCAUUUCCAAAAUGUCUUGAAAGAAAAGGUGACUGUGCUGUACUGCGUGGAUUUACUCCGGGGUGAUUUGAAAAGGGCCAAAUCUCCCUCCCACAAGCAGAUUCCCUGGUAUGGCAAAGGAGGUGACCUCGACCGAGGCGAAGCAGAGCGGCUAUUCUAUCGCUUACUGGGUGAAGAUGCUCUGUCAGAAAACAAUGAGAUCAACGGAAAAGACUUUGCUGUCCAGUAUAUUGAACUUGGUCGGCGUGCCACUGAAUAUGAGACGGGAAAACGACAAAUGAUGCUGCAAGUGCGCGUUUCUCCCAUCGGAAAAGCACGGCCGUCCAAACCAGCUCAAAAGGGGAAAUCUGGCAGCCAGCAUCAUCCUCAGUCCACCAUGGUGUCGUCUCCCAUCCAGUCCGCGAACAAUCGACGACAAGCUCGCACUCAAAAUAGAACCUUACCUGUGGAAGAAUUUUCAGCCGACGAUGAGAGCGACGGUUUCGAACCGGUUCGUGUCGCUGGCAGGACAGGGAAACGGAACAAUCGUGAAAUGGGGCCCCCCAUCACGAGUGACCAAAGAAUGGAUCGACUCGACCACCUGCAUCGUGCAGUGGUAGAGGACUUUGAGGUGACGGCCAAGAGAUAUCUGCAAGAGGUUGUUGUUGAAAAGGGCCUGCGUUCUCAACCAUUCUCAGAUCAAAUGCUACGGGAUAUGGCCAUUUCGUUCCCAAAGAGUCUCGGGGAGCUUUCGACCAUACCAAACAUUGACCACGACAAAGUCACUCGAUAUGGUCGCCAGAUCUUAAAACUCGUUGACCAGGCUAGACGGCGAUACCAAGAGCUGAAGACAGAUGCAGAAACAAACGGCGUUGUUCCAGACCCCAACCAUCACAAUGUUAUCAAUCUCAGCAGCAGUGAUGAGUAUAGUGAUGAUGAUCUGUUUGUUGAUCAGGCCUCUAAUUUCGACCUUGACUAUCCCGUGGAAGACACUAGUACGCAGAACGUCACUAGUCGAUAUUUUCCACCGCCGCCGUCACCCGGUUACGAUCCUGGUGACGAAUUCGAAUCGGGCCCGGCAGCUUCCAGUUCCAGAGGCCGCGGUAAACGGCCAUACAGCAAACGGCCACCUCGCCGCAAAAAUGGUGACUCCUCAGGCAGCUUCAAGGGCAAAGGUGCCAGGUCCAAGGCCAAGACUGGCAGUGGCCGUGCUCCAAGCCGGGCGCCCUCUACAAGCCGGAAAGUUUCCAAAGCCAAGACGCCUAAAUCCGCAAUCGGAAUGAUGCCCAUUUGA